UCACACCCCAACUGGUCGAGGCAGACGACCACCCACCUAGAGACGAAGGAUCUGUCCUAGGUUUCUGCCUUUUAACAGGCAGUUUUUCCUUGCCCCCAUCGCCAAGGUCUUGCUCAUGGUGGUACUGUUCGGUCUCUGUAAAUGUUAUAAAGAGUUCGGUCUAGACCUGCUCUAUUUGAAAAGUGUCCUGAGAUAACUUCUGUUAUGAAUUGGCGCUAUACAAAUAAAAUUGAAUUGAAUAGUAUCAGUCUUUCAUAAUGACUAAAGUAAUCGUACUAUAAUAAGUAAAGCAAGUCAAUGCAAUCAUUAAUUCUUGGAGAAUCCUGACAUAAGAAUGAGAAGAAAGGCAAUGGUGUUAGUUCACUGUGAGCGGGAAGCUAGUUUUGAUAUAAUUACAUACUAUUAAUACCCGUAGCCCUUUUCCAUACAUACACGUGCUGGCUUUGUUUGAUUUAGCGCAUGAGAUUUGUAUUGCCUUUGCAUCAGGGCUGAAUGCUUGGAGAUGUGCCUUUUACUUUUGUGUGCUUUGUAUAUAAGAUUGCGGUAAAAAGCUGACGAAUGUAACUGCUGUCCAGUACAGCUACUGCUUACUCCCGUCUCUCAAAACAAAUUGAAAUUCCACAUUGAUCUCACAUCCAUUGCAGAAUAAAAGAAACCAUAAAGCUGCAGUAGGUAACUUGAACAUACACAAAGCACCUAUACCUUCCCACCAAACCCACAGCAGAGCAGAAGGAGUUGGUUGCCUGCAACAUCUAAUGCGUUAGAGGGCUCGCUUGAACCUCGCCAAGGCCCUGGUCCAGGUGACUCCUUCUCUAUGACACCCCUCCAGUGCAUUGUGACCCAAGGACAAAGUGCACCAGAGGAAGAUACAGAGUGUGACUUAUCUAAGAGCAGCGUGGAGGAUGGUCUGGACAUCUUCUUGACGACAUCCACAAAACUCUUCUUUGGAUUGAUGGGAAAGAAACAGCAGCUACUCUGGGAGCAGAACUCCAUAUUAUUGGACUGUCAUACUGACCUCUAAUAACACGGGGAAACAAAUUCUUUAGUAGCCUACACUCUCUCAAAAAGAUGAUGUUGUCAUUCUUCUUGACACUCAACAAUACAAGCGCGAUGGAAUCAAACACAGUGCACCGUAUGUACAAGCAUGCUGCUGAGACGCAUUAUUAUAUUACUCAGACCAGUUUGCUGAGGUAUUAUAGUUUUACAGACUCUCACCCAAAGCAGAUGUAAUGGAGGAGGGCUGCCCUCCCCUGAUCAGAGGGCAUUCACAACAUGUGUUUUAAAAAAAGAAAUGUGACAGUCAUCUGUCUCAGCAUUUGUCUAAAAAUUGACAGGAUUAUUUUAAAACAGUAGAGGGCGUGUUGAGCCAUUUUUAACCCACAAAUUGCAGAUUUUCAUGAAUGUGGUCACCAGCAUUGAGGUGUUUCAACACUGUAUAGACAUAUAUAAUUCAAUUUACAGCUCAAAAAACACAUUUUAGGGUGGUGUCCCUCUUUAAAUUCCACUCAAGUCAAGAUGACGAAAAAACAGCCUUUUGCCAUAUUCACACCAAAUCGGGGGUUGUGGACAUUAGAACAGGGUUGUGGCUGUGUAAAUGGUGUGAAACAAGUAAGGUUUAUUUUUGUGGAGAGUAAGUAGAUGUGUACAAACACAGUGAACUAAUGUUGGGAGAGCAGGCAGUUUCAGUUUCAGUUUCUGUUAAAACAAUGACUGAGGUUCUUGUGCUUAAAUUAAAGGGUUCUUUAACCUGGGACCUGCUUGGGUUUAGUUGCUUUUGUUGCCUCUAUCAACGCAAUAAACUCUUUAACACCAGAUUCUGCCUGACUCAUGAUUAUUUUUCUGAACUCCGAAUGAAUCUGCAGAGGAGCUUUUUGCCAAAGAUUUGUUGCUCUAACACAACCACUAAUUUUCCCUUUUUUUCAUUUGUUUUCUAGACCAGGCAAGCGCUUAACUGAAGUCAUCACUUAUAUGCAAUGCAAUCUGGAUUUCCACACAGCCAAGGAGGGGCAUAUCCUGCGGUCCAACACUGGCGUGCUCUUACAUCAUUUCAAGACAACAAUGUUACACCUGUACCACUGGUUCACCCUGCAAAUGGAAUACAAAAUAACGUGGUAGCCACUCAAUAUCCUGGGGAGCUCAGAGUGUCUUACAAUCCAGCUCAGUGGCAGCAAGACAAUACACAAUCGCAACAACAUUUCCAAGGACUCUACCACCAACUGGAGUCACAAGCAAGCAAUGCUUUCCGUUAUUCAUCAGCACAUGCCUCUGCCCAACACGGCGAUUCUUUUGGUACAUCUGCUAAUGAGAACUCUGUAAGGCAGUCUGUUUAUAACACCAGACAGCAAAGGGAAUGUUCCAAACAAAAAGGGUCAAAUUGGAACACAAGUAACUGUUCUGCAGCACUUCAGGGAGACACAUUUGGACACCGAGCACAGACUUUACAGGAUCAGUUGUCUUCUGUGCCCGAGAGUCACCCAUUGUUGUAUGCUUUACUGAAAGGAAACUGUGAGAGUGAGCAAGUGAAAAGUUCACUAGCUGCUAUAAACUGUGGAAAGACUAGUACAAAAAACCUGGAUUAUUCAGGAGGAACCCAUUCUGUUCCCUGUCAGCAGCAGGUCUCGUCCCCACCUUCACAGACAUCCACAGAAAACAUCUCACCAGCAGGAGAAAUGGUACCAUCUACAAAUGAUCCAAUAAACAAUAUCAUUUUAGAAAAGGUGUUAUAUUUUAGGGGCAUUUUACAAAACAGAAAUUAUGGGCACAAAUGCAAUAAGGGAUGCAGUGUUGCCUCUGACAAAGAAGAUGUGAAGAGGCAAAGCCUUAACUGUGCUGGGUUUGAACAGUCCACUGCUGCAGUUGGACAAGCACCUGAAGAGGAAAGUUCAAGGAGCAGCAAAGAAAAUACUGAGUUAACUUCUACAUCUGAAGACACAGGUAAUUGUGCUACAUCUGCACCAGAGAAACAUUUACCAGGUACACUAACCUCUCCUGCAGGAAACUCAAAACAUUCUCUUGAAACUGAAUCUUUUGGAAAGAAUGCAUUGGUAGAUUUGGAUUUGCCAGUAAAAAAACACUUGGAUAUAACUAUGCCUGCAAAUGGUGAUGGCAAGCUUGUUUAUUCAGGUGACUAUGAAGAUGAAACAUUUGUCAGUAGCAAUGAUGAAAGUAAAUGGUGUGAUAAGUACUUAGAGAAUGGCAUGACAACUCUUCAUUAUUCAUUAACUGCAUUGAAGGAGCUGAUUGCUAGUCUGGAGAAUGUAGAGACCAUUGCAGAGAUGGAUAACCUUCCUAAAGUUAUACUGCAACAAUAUUGGAAUGGGGAUAUAGAUAACAUUAAUCUCUUUACAUUCACAGAAUAUCCACAAAUUAUGGUGAAAGUUGCUGCCACUUGCGCAAAGAAUGAAGAUGAGAGUCCAGUGGUUCUCACCACAGUGCCUGGAGUUACCUUUGAUGAACUGACUGAGAAGCACCCAAGUUCAACGCGCAACAGCGGAUCAUCACAAGAAGAAAAUAAGUCUCUCAGGUUAAAUAUUAACAAGAAUUUGGAUGACCAAAUGGCCGGUGUUUCUUGGGCUCUGAAACCCAUGACGGAGAGGGAGAAAGGAGGCCUAAAACCAGUGGAGACAGUAGGGUUGGACAAUGUGCAAGGUGUGACAGAUGUCUCCGAUCUUCAAACCAUGUCAUGUUCAGGGGUAUUUGAAAACGAAACAUUUGAACACACAUCAUUCACUGAAACAGAUGCAUAUAAGAAAAGGAUGAAAGAAGUUGAAGACCAACAGCACUGUGAAGUUAUCUGUAAGGAAGUAAUUAAACAUUCCAAGCUAAAUUCAUCAAUUGACAAUAUUCGGAUUGAUAAUGUUCUGUCAAUUCCCGGAACAAGUCAUGGAGGUGCGAGAGAGGAUGCAGGCUCUGUGCAUAUACUAACUGAUGUAAGCAUAGCACUUUCUGAAAACAAAGUUGAAGAACACUCAUGUCCAUCUAAAAGUGAGGGCGAGGAAGCACUCUCUGUGAUAAAUCUACAAUAUGAAGAAAUUUCAGAUGAUGAAGGCAUAUCUCAACUGGCCACAGAACUUCCAAAAACAGAGCACAAGGAAUUAAGCUUUCAAGUAAGUUUUGGAAAUCCACAGUAUGAAGAUAUAAGUGAAGAUGACAAUACACAGACUGAAAAUAUGGCCAUGGAGGUGUCUUCAUUUACAGUACAUGAACCAAACAAUAAGCAGGCCCCAUUUGAAAAUGAAAGCUAUGGACAUAUGCAAGGUCAGGCUCAGAUGCAGACAGAAAUCAUCUCAGAUGAGGAACUGAUUCCAAAGAAGGUGGUUUCACCAGUGACCGAAACACUUGAUAUAGCGCAUUGCCCUAGUCCAUGUUCUGAUGACUGGAUGGUUAUACCUAUAAGCAUGGCUGACCUUAAAUUUGAACCAGAAGAUGAAGACCUGGGUGGCCCAGAAGAAGUUGUGCUAAAUGAUGGCGGUGAAACAGUAAAGAAAGAAACACAGUGUGUCACAAGUCCAACACGCUGUGAGUUACAAUGGCCAGCUCUAGAGGCCUUUGACACCGUUGCUAGCUUUCUACAACAAAAAGGUGUACAAUUUAAAACAUUAGCGGUAGUACCUGCCACAAGCGCACCAGAAAAUGACCCGGACUGUGAGAAAGAACCACAUACGCCUCAGGACAGAAGAGCGUCAUACCCUGAGUCUGAAGACAGCUGUGAAACUGAGGACAGCUGUGAUUACUCAUCUGACUCAGAACACAACAUUUUGACUGUGUCCACGCAGAGGCCAGUACCUCCCCAGCCUAAUGAAAGUUGUGAUACAGAGAACAGUUGUGAUUACCCAGCUUCUCUGUCCCCACCUCUGUCUGUUGAGUCUGUGUCUGAGGAUGAUGAUGAGGAUGAUGAUACAGAUGUGCAAAAAGGCCAAACCAGGUUCAAGCAGGUUCAACAUAAAAAGAAUGGACAAAUUAUAGACACAAUAAUCAUUGAUUCUGACACAGAGGAUGAAAGUGACGAACACUAUAAAAAGAAGGCAAAAGCAAAGAGGUUAUUUACUUCAGGCUCAGAUGACAGUGAAGAUGUACCAUUUAGUCAACAAAAUAGACAUUCACCUCAAACUGUGGACAGUCCGUGUGGAACUGUGGGUGAAGUAGUGAUGCAGGAUGAAUGCUCUGAGAGUGUUCAACAUAACGGACAAAUUUCUAAAAACGAAGAUGUAAUAAACCUUGUCUCUGACACAGAGGAUGACGAGGACAAAAACGUCUCCCCAUGUGUUCAACAAAAGAGACAAUCACCUCAAGCUAUGGAAGAGUAUGGAACGUUCAGAGGAACCAGACUGUUCUUUGCAGACUCCUCACUGACACAGCAUCAGUCUAAACUGGUGUCAGAAGAAAGAAAGAAGGCAAACCCAAAGAUAAUACGCUCAUCAGGAUCAAAGGACAGUGAUGCUACAAAAAUCAGACCUCCAGCUGAAACUGUGGACCGUCUUUGUGGAAUUGCCAAGAAAAAACCUAAAACAUCCAAACUGUCAUCUGAAGAUUCACAAAAGAUGCAUUCCCUUUCUGCAGACAAUGAGGCAGAAUCCACUUUGGGUCCUACUCCUGUGGUUCCUCGCCUUUUUGUUCUUAAGUCUGCUCAACCUAACAACUUGAAACUUUCAAAAGAAUCCAGAGACAACAUGCAUGGUGAUGGUAAAACUCAGGCUCCAAAGACUGGAACCAGCAAAAAGACAGACUUCUGUGAAAACAGUACACAGUAUCCCAUCAUAAAAAAACAAGUAAGAUUUGUGUUCAAACCAAAACCUCCAAAUGACAGACACCGUGCAACAAAGAAUAUAGUGCAGACCAAUGUAGCAAAACCCAUACUGGUUUCAAGACCACAAUCAUUACCUGACCAGGAAGGCCCAUCAACCUCCAGCGGUUGCUCAUCUUCCACUAGCGGACAACAUUCUGAAGCCAGACAAAGCCCCUCCUCGUCUAGAGCCUUGUCUCAGUCUGGAAAAACCUCCGCCUCCUCCAGUCUUCCAAGACAACAGUUGUCCUCAUCCAAACUGCAGCGGUCGAACAGCAACCCUUCAACAUUAGAUCAUCAUAACACUCCCACCGAAGGUCCUUCAUUUUCUGCAACCAGGCAGUCUUCAGCAAAGAAACAAGUGAAGAAAGCCUGGGAGAGUAGCCAUGUCCCAACAAGGAUAUACAGAAAAAGUUACCCGGGGACUGAGGAAGACUCGGGAACCCCAAAAUAUAAUUUGGUCAAUGAUGCAAGACUGGGACAUAUUCAUGACUGGGUACCCAGACGGAGGCACGGCUCCAAUGAGUCUACACCCCACCUGUUGAAGAAGUCAAAGUCUGAUGCCAUACAGUGGACAAGGGCCACAAAUCGAGACACGGCAAACAAACAAAGAUCGUCUGCUGUGAGCAAAGGUUACAAGUGGUCAGAGAAGCCAACAGUGGCUAAACCAACAAGAAGGUACCGGAGGUAAGGCAAGAAAUGUAGAACUUCACAGAGACCCCCAUCUGUGGAAAAAAGGUGCCACUGUUGAACUCCCACAGGGUCAGGUGGUUGAGGGGCUGUUGUAGCUGAUUGUGUCUUUCAUUUUCCAGAGCAUUUGGAUUUGGGUGUAGUACAAUGACAUACUACGUUGUACCUAAUAUCAGUGACUACCUGUACUGUACCUGUAUUAUACCUAGACUAUAUUGUACCUAUAUUAUAAAAACUGAAUAGUCUGUAUUUUAAGUAACUACUUACUGUAUAUGUAGAUACACAUACUGUAAAUACUAUAUAUUAUAUCUUUUUGCAGUUAUGUUAUUGUGUGUGAAUGUUGCGGCGUCAACUGAAAACCAAUAUUCUUUUUAUCAGCUACCUCAAAUUGUGUGAAGAUUACAGCAUUAUGCUGUUGCAUUUUUUUCUUUGAAUUCUGUAUAAACUUAUAGAUAUUUUAAUGCUAUUUUUUUUAUUAUUCACAUUCCUUACCCAUUUCAAGUGUUUCAACUGUUUUUGUACUUUGAAAACUCCGCUUUGAUUGCUACUACUAUUUCCUAUGGGCAAUGUUGUGUUCGUUUUUAUAAAGUUAAUGUCACAAUG